CAGGAGCGUACCGUGUAUUUAUUCCUACAUGCUGCUGCAUGUUCCAAAAAUAGCAGGCCAAUAUUCCAUGUGACAUAAAAAAAAGUGACAAAUUUCUCUCUCUAGCUCUUUCUCUCUCUAAACUCCCCAGAAUUCAAUCCAUGUUUUCUCGCGGGAUUCAAAAGGAAACCAGGGCCCUAAACUCUCGGCCCCUUUCUUGCAUUGUCAGGGCUGAAAAUUCACUAAAUUUGGAAUACCCCAACCCCAAAACUCUGUGUCUCAGCAAAUUUCAGGGAUCUAUUCAAGAGAGAUAUGGAAACCAUUGCAGAAAGGACAUUUCCAGGAUUUGGAGGGGAGGGUCCCCUAAAAAAGUGCCACUAGGGCAAAUGGGCACCCUGGAGUUGCCUGUUCCUGGUCUGUGUCCAUUGAGCCAAUGGUUAGGAGAGGCAGAUUCAAAGGUAUAUGUCGUAAAAAAGCUUGAAAGAUCAAAAUUUGAAGGUCCUACACCAAUAAGGCAUUGAGGACAUUUAUUCAGAGGAGGGUGUUACAAAAGCUUGGAAGCUCAAUUUUUUGAGCUUCUCAGACCGGUUCACAACGGGGGCCAAAUUCUCAAAGGAGGGGGCGGGGCAUGAUGGAACAUUGGGGGCUCUUGAUGGCCAUCAGAGCCUGCUCAAUUACCUCGCAAGAGUCUUCUUUAUUCGCAACCUCGUCUCAAAAAAGAGGAGGCGAUUGGUCGUGGCUGGUUAUGACCUCGACAUGUCUUAUAUAACUGAUCGAUUGCUCGCGAUGUCCUUUCCGGCUGAGCAUAUGCGAGCCAUGUAUCGAAAUCCUCUUUGGCAAGUCAAGAGUGUGCUAGACAUGAGGCACGAAGGCCAUUACAAGGUGUACAACUUGUGUGCAGAACAAAAUUACGACGUAUCACAUUUUCAUGGUCGUGUUGAAGUAUACCCAUUUGAUGACAACCAUGUCCCCCCACUAUCUUUGAUCAAGCUCUUCUGUGAGAGUGUACAUGCAUGGCUUUCUAGGGAUCCCCAAAAUGUGGCGGUCAUACAUUGCAUGGCAGGCAAAGGUCGGACAGGCUUGAUGGUAUGCUCGUACUUGGUUUUCACUGGCAUGUCAGCUGAUAAUGCACUUCAGUUGUAUGCUGAUAGAAGAACCACGAAUAAUGAAGGGGUUUCAAUCCCAAGCCAGCGACGAUAUGUUAGAUACUGGUCUGAAAUUCUGAGUUUUCCAAGAGGUUUAAACACUACUCCUGAUGUCAAUGUACCUCAACCACAGAGUAGAGAACUCCGGAGAAUACGCCUCUAUGACACCCUUGACAUUAACUCCGUCUUCUUCGUUGUUUCUGAACUACAAGAGAACCCUGGCCAAGCUUACCAACCACCAGUAGAGCUCACUAGGAAGUAUUGCAGACAAAUGAAGCAAGGGCAACACCACACAAGCAGCCCCCGAUAUUACCUCUCUUUUGUCAAGAAAGAAGGUGAUGAGAAGGUAAAGGAACAGGAGGUACCGCGCUUUGUGGUGCAAAUGGACACCGAAAGCUCGGAUCCCUACAAAAAGACAUGUCUUGACUAUUAUUUUGAUUGUCCAUUGCAGGUAGCUGGAGAUGUGCGGGUUGUUUUCUAUGAAAAAACUAUUGGUGGACGACUUUUCUAUGCCUGUUUUCACACCGCCUUUAUAACUAGCAGCUUGUUACAGUUUUCACGUCGGGAUUUGGACAAAGUAGGGCGAAAGGGAAGAUCCAUAUGUGGCCCUACCUUUUGCUUAGAACUGCUCUUUGGACCCGCAAAUUCCAAACACCCAAACUUUCCCCUCCAUGAAGCCUCUAACCUCCUCUCUGAUUCUUUCCAUGAAAAAGAGGCCCUUCAUUGCUCAAGAUGAAGGUCCCUGUAUUCAUAUAUUGAUUAAGUAAUUGUAAUUCUAGUUGAUUGGCUGAUUUUCUCUGGCUAAUUCUACUUGUUUUUCUACUGUUGUCUCUCUUUUCAUGGACUGUUUUGUUAUUGAGGUGGAUUCGAUCUGUUUUUUGGAUCCCAUCUUCCUCGGUGUAAAGACACAUCAAUUUGAAGAAAAACUAUAUCAAAGUUUUGAUUCGUUAAAAUUCAUGGAACAUUUGACGGAUAUCCGUGACUGUCCAUUGAUUUGAUUUAUGUAUACUUUCUCUCUC